GCCUUCCCUGGCACAGCCCGGUGCCCACCCUCGGCUCCACACUGGCAUGUGUGACUUGUUGGCCUCUGUUGGCUCAGCGCUCCCAGGCUUCCCCAAGUUUCGCUCCGCCCCGCAGGAAUCGGCAGCAGAGAGAUUAGUUGGCACCGGGACUGCCCGGAGAAGGUCCUGCCCGCACCCACUGGCUAUGGGAUCCAGAGCCCGGGCAUGGCGGUAGCUGCAGCAGGAGCGCUCCGGAGCGGCUGGCUGGAAGUGCUGGUGCGGGGCCGCUGGCACAAAGUUCUGGGCAACUUGUAUGAGAGCUCCCUGGUACUGAGCAGCCCGGAGCGGCCGGAGGAUGCCCCCAGCUCUAACGGCAUGACCAAUGGCACCAACAGCAGCCCCCAGGGGGUCCGGACUGCCUUCACCGAACUGCCCGACACCGUGCCGGAGGCCAUUGCCAACAAGAAGAGGGCAGUCAAGGUGGUCAAGCAGGAGCUGUGUAGGGCCGAGUGUAUUGCCCAGUGUAGGGCCGAGUGUAUUGCCCAGUGUAGGGCCCAGUGUAUUGCCCAGUACCCCUACAGCUGCAGUUCCCCGCAGCGCCGGCAGAUGUCAGUGUGCGCUAUGGCUAAUCCGGCAGAGCCUCUAAUGAGGAAGAAGGCAGAGUGCUGCCUGGGCUCCCGGUCCGUUCCGAGCAGUAAGAAGUUAGUGCUCUGCCUUCCCUGGCACAGCCCGGUGCCCACCCUCGGCUCCACACUGGCAUGUGUGACUUGUUGGCCUCUGUUGGCUCAGCGCUCCCAGGCUUCCCCAAGUUUCGCUCCGCCCCGCAGGAAUCGGCAGCAGAGAGAUUAG